ACGCUCAUCGAUUGGUUACAUGCCACUCUGUUUUUCAACAGCCAGAAAAAUUUAAUGUUUUUGUGCCGAGAGUUGAAGUGUGAGCAAUGGACUAGAAGACAACAUAGCUUUUAACCAGAUAAAUCGGCCGUGCAGUUAUGGCACCGAUAGCUUUUCACAAAUACUUCUGUACAAAAUACUUGGUUCUAAAUAGACAGUGAUAUUAAGCGACUAUUUUAUUGAGAUAAUAGUAAGAGGAGCACCUGACGAGUAACAUCAAAUCAGACAGUCAUGAUUUUUGAGCAUCUGUUUGAUUACGUUAGCCAGUUGCAUCAAUCCCGAGUGUCUAGUUUUGCAGACAGACUCAAUUUUUACUACUCCACUUACUUUUUCCUAAGUCUUGCUUUGGCUCUCACGUUUACAGAGUAUGUGGGAGACCCAGUGGACUGCUGGACACCUCAGUACUUCACACCACAGUGGAUCCAGUUUGUGGACAACAUCUGCUGGAUGAAGGGUACCUACUACAUCCCCUUCAACGCCACUGUCGAGGAGGGGCGGGAGGAAGGGAGUGCGUUUGAGAUCAGAUACUACCAGUGGAUACCCAUCAUAUUCGCUGCCCUGGCGGUGCUGUUCUACACUCCAAACUUUUUCUGGAACCACGUAGUGCACAACACCAUCAAUCUCAACCACUUUGUCCAUCAACUCACUGAGGGUGAAAAUGCUACAGACUAUGAGGAGAGAGGAAAGUGUGCGCGAUGGAUGUCGGAGGCCCUUCGUCACUACUUCGAGAACAGAAUCGACUUCGGGGCAAAGCGCAGCAGACUCAGAGGACUGGAGUACCUGAAGCAGAAAGUUAGGGAGAACCCACUUCUGUUCUGGUUCUUCAAAGAAGACUACGGUGCAUAUCUGGCCCCAUCCUACCUCGCUGUCAAAUGCAUUUACAUAAUUCUAGGCCUGUUCACCAUGUUUUUUCUCAAUUCUAUGGUGGGACCUGGGUUCUACACAUUUGGAAUUGAAGUUGCCAGCAAUUUUUUCGCCAAAUCAGAUUGGAAGUCAAUUUCUUCUCAAAGUUUCCCAAAGGUGACUCUUUGUAACAUCGAAAUCCGCCAAGUUGGGCAGCCCAAAAUCCAGACGGUCCAGUGUGUUUUGACCAUCAACUUGUUCAAUGAGAAAAUCUUCACCAUAGUCUGGUGGUGGAUGGUGUUCCUCAUCAUGUCCACCUGUUGGAGUCUUCUCUGGUGGGUGUACAAAGUGCAACUGCACUUCGUAAGAGCCAAGAAGAUUCUGUUCUACCUGAAGUCUGGCGAAGACUAUCAGCAGUAUCAGGAUUUGGAGGAGUCCGACCCUCAUUUUCAAUAUUUUGUCGGAGACUAUCUCAAGCCAGACGGGGCUUUCAUCUUCGAAAUAAUCGAAGCCAACUCAAACGUAGCAUUUUGUUCUGAUCUGAUGGUGGAAAUGUGGCACGCGUUUAGACGAAAAAGGGAAAAUUCAAAGAAGAGCGACGAUGAAGAUGAAAAGCAAACCCAGUUCCCACAAGACGAAGCAGACAAUGCGAGUGAUGGUAUUUCUGAACGCAGAAAUUGUUUGUGUUUUUCUAAAGGGGAAAAGAAACAGCUGGAAAAGGAGCUGAAAGGACGACAGCUCAGUUUGGCAGAGAUGAGACAGCAGAGUCUGAAAGAAUUAAUGAUCGGAGCUCGUCACCUUAACCCAGAAAACGAUAUAGAGUCUUCAAACUAUAAUCUCAAAAAACGAAACUCUCAUUUCAGCCAAGAAUUUCUUGGUAAAAAAACUAAAUCACACAAUUUCAAGUCCAAAAAUAAGAUUAAAAUGAGCCAGAGUAGAUUCGGAGACGUCGGAAGUGCGAAAAGAGAUAGGCUGAUGGAAAGAUUCCUGGAUGACUGCAAUGCAGACAGCUCAGCCAGACUAGAAAAGAGCGGCGUUCCGAAGGGAGGCGAUCAACCGGUUACAGAGACGACUGCAGCUUAGACACAAAUCGAAAUUAGAUUUCAAAUUUAAUUUUUUCUCACAAUUUUUCUAUUUAUUUAAUAUUGAGCGUUUUCUUGCCGCAUCUAACGUAGUCUCUUUUCAAGAAACUAUUGAAAGAGAACUGGAAAAAAAUCGUACGCUAUAUA